AUGUCUCGCGUUUUCUUUGAUGUCAGCAUUGGAUCGGCUCCGGCCGGACAGAUUGUCUUCGAGCUGUUCGAUGACACUGUUCCCCGCACUGCUAGGAACUUCCGGGAGCUCUGCACCGGCCAGAACAACUUUGGAUACCGCGGCUCCAUCUUCCACCGUGUGAUCCCCAAGUUCAUGCUCCAGGGUGGUGAUUUCACCAAGGGCAAUGGAACUGGUGGUAAGUCCAUCUACGGUGCCAAGUUCGAGGAUGAGAACUUCAUCCACAAGCACGACCAGCCUGGUCUCCUUUCCAUGGCAAACGCCGGAAGGAACACCAACGGCUCCCAAUUCUUCAUCACCCACGUUGUCUUCGGCCGUGUUGUCUCCGGAAUGGAUGUUGUGUCGAAGAUCGAGGCCGAGGGCACUAAGAGCGGAAAGCCCAACUCCAUGAUCAGAAUCGAGAAAUGUGGAACUGUCUAA